AUGUCUAAUGUAGAUUGGGACCCCAAUGAGAUAAUUGUUAAAGCAGAAGCGGAGUCUAUAGCAUGGACAAAGGCCCAGGAACGGCUGGAGAUGGCAUAUCCCCACACAGAAACCCACGUGGAAAUAUCUGCGUUAGGAGACAUAUGUCAGGUGGACGGGGCCUGGAAGGAAUCAGAGUGUAGAGCUGGUCUAGGAUGGUAUUAUUAUAACACAAAUACUCUUGAAAAACUUAUGGGAGGGUGUAAUCUGAGGCGGGGGAUAUCACCUCUUCAGGCAGAGCUAGAAGCUCUCAUUUGGGCUAUGCAAUGUAUCUUAAGGACUGGAAAAUUAACAGUGGUGUUUCAGACGGACUGUUCCGAUGUGGUGAAGAUGGUGUCUAAACCAGAGGAGUGGCCGGCUUUCUCAUUACUACUUGAAGAGGUUGACAGAUGUAAGAAGAGAUUCAAUUCUUUCUCCAUCAUGCAGAUACCAAGGACGGAAAACACGAAGGCAGACAAGCUAGCAUGGAGUGCUCGAGCUCUACCUACUGAUGUGUACUAUGUAAACUCUGUUUCACCAGUUUGA